CCGUACACCGGGCUUCUGUAGAAAGAGAGCAGAGGAGGAAAGAGCAGACAGGACCAGACAGGGGAAGACAAGGGCAGAGAAGCCGGGUCCGAGUGACACAUCUGGAGCCAGACAUGAACACUCUACAGCCUACCAUCUUUUUGGCCAACUUCUCUACAACGGCCUUCCCCGACGUCAAAAAUGACUCCGAUUGUCCUGACGCCAUUUCCUGGGACAUCUUCUACUCCAGCCUCCACAUCUAUAUCUUCAUCAUCUCCGCUUUGGGAAUCUUCCUCAACAUCUUCGUCCUUCUGGUCUUCUCCCUCCACAAAAAACCCUGCACCGUCGCCGAGAUCUACCUUAGCAACCUAGCCGCCGCCGAUCUGAUCCUGGUUUCCUGUCUGCCAUUUUGGGCUAUCAACAUUUACAACAACUACCAAUGGCCUUUCGGAUCGUUCAUGUGCAAAGUGGUCAAUCUAGGAAUCAAGAUGAACAACCUCUGCAGCAUCUACUUCCUCGUUCUUGUUAGCAUCGACCGCUACAUAGCUCUGGUGCACGCUAUGUCGUACGGUCGGAUGCGUCGACCGAAGUACGCGAAAAUUGGAUGCUUGAUAGUUUGGAUUUUUGGGCUAAUCUUGGAGAGUCCCGUUCUUAUAUUUCGGAAAGUUGAAUAUAUCCCUGAUUACGACGUGACUGCGUGCAUUAUUGAUUACCCAAGCGUGGAAUUUUCACAGUUUUGCGACAUCAUGUUAACGAUAAUUAGCUUCCUUAUUCCAAUUUGCAUCAUUGCGUAUUGCACAUUAAGGAUCAUCCAGGCUUUGAGUAACAAGAGUAUGGAUAGGUUUCACACAGAGCGUACGGAAAAGAAAGCCACGACUCUGAUAUUGGCGGUUCUUGGAGCGUUCCUGAUUUGUUGGGUCCCCUUCCAUUUGAUCUCGAUCCUCGAUGUCCUCUGUAGAGCUAAGGUCAUACUAGAUUGCUUUACCAGUAACGUCGUUGAGUUCUGCAACCAGAUCUUCACCUACUUGGCCUUCUUCAACAGCGUUCUCAACCCCGUCUUGUACGUGCUAGUCGGGAAGAAUUUCAGGAAGAAGAUGUCGGAGGUGUUCCACCAGUGGGAGAUAGUGAGGCCCGUGACGUCAGAUUCCACCAGAUCGCACCUGUCGUCAACGCUUAAGACUACAGUGUGAGGAGUAAUAAAGGGAUCAUACGGAAGACUAUAGCCGCACACUGUCCAAACGCAAAAAUGCUAGAUAUAACUGUCAGAAUUGUUUAAAGAGAUGGUAUUAUGCUAAAUUAUUUUUUUUUGGAGAUUUAUACCAUGUUAUAACAUUGUGCCUUCAUCAGGUUUUAUAUGUCAUCCAUGCAUGUUUGAGUAAUUUAGCGAUCUAUCCCAGGUCCUAUUCAAACUCUCCUUACGAUUGGCAGUACGAUUCUGUUCAAAGCCCUACCCGCAAGCCUACGUCACUCACGCUCCCAAUUUUCCAUAAAUACACAAAAGCAUCAUACAAAACAAUGCGCUACAACUUCACAAACCUGAUGCGAUGUGCAGUAGUUUCGUCAGGGGAGUGACAAAGACGAAAACUGAAACCAAGGAUGUUUUUGACGAAUAUACAGCUUUUUCAAAACAAUAAAAGGUAACAUAGUGAACUCAGUAUGUCACUCUUUAAAAAAAACAUCUUGGCACAUUUUAAAACUUUCAUAAAUAUGGUUUUAUGUGGCGAUAUUCCAUCUUCAAGACACUCAAAGCGGAUUCGAAACUGCCAACGUUUGGAUCAGUGGACGAACGCUCAACCGACUGAGCUACUGUUGCUCCACGAAGUAAGCUACUGGAAAUGUUUUGAAUCCGUAUAACUGAUAUACUAACGUUGCGAUGUUAUUGCUUUGCAUGGAAUAUUUGGCAAUUUGGCAUUUAACUUGUCUAUCUCCAUGGAGACAAGCAGGUGGUUAUUAAAAGCACUAUUAAUGUUGAUAAGAUUACAGGGUGGAUUUACACUGUGGAGAGUUGUCAUGCUUUUCUGGUUUGAUAAAUUGCAGAUGUAGCUUUACGUUGACUGUGCAAACUGUUUAAUCUGCUCAAACCUGACAGAUUCAUUCAACUAACCAUAAUAUAUUUAUUUUCAUGAACUCUCAAUAGUAUGUAUGUUUUGCCAUUAUGCUCGUUCAAAUGUAACUGUGCAAACAUAAUCUGAAGUUAUGUAGAGUCUGUGUGUGCUGUGUUCUCAUACUGCUUCUGUCAUCUAUAAUAUAUAUUUUAAACAUGUCAAACA